GUGGACCGGGCCUCGCGGAACGGGAAAAGUGCCACUCUGACAACAUAUUCAGCUUCUUCUAUAUCCAGAGGUAGAUAUGCAAGUUAUCACAAUGUCGAUACAAAGAUGGCAAUCUCAGUCCUGAUAUUUAUCAUUUUGAAGACAGCAUCAGUGCGCCAGACUUUGUGCUGUGCAAGCCAGCUACUGUACAUAGGAUGGCAAAGGAGCUAAGAGUUAAGGUCAUUCGUGAAGACCAAUCCUGUAAGCCUGUACUGAAAGGUGGCUCCACCGCCCCAGCAGACAGCAACUUGCAGGCACUCCUGCACAGCCAGAAAGAACAGAAGAGGAGACUUCAGAUAAAGAAGUGUUGCAACUCCCUGCGAGACCUGUUGCCAUUUGUAACUGGCCGACUGGAUACCGCCACCAUCCUGGAACUGACCGUGUCCUACGUAACCUACCUCCAGCAGCGAAUGCCGUCAGACAUUUUGGAAAAGGUAGUGAAAGCCCUACAGGACACCAGAACAAGGAGUUGGUUUAAGUCCACCAAAGCUCCUAGAAAACGCAAAAUGAAUAUGCUGAAGGAGAAACCUACAGUUAAACCGGCAACAACCGAGGAGGAUUUUGCUAAUGAAUUCAUUGCUGCCAAUGUUUUGGGGAGGCACAUUCAGCCAAGGAAAGAAAGCACCCUGCUUCCCACUGUACCAGCGUGUCCUUUGCAAGUGGGCCAACCAUUUCCCACACCGCUGGAUCUGAACACAAGUCCUGCCAAAACUGUAAUAUUGCAGCAAAAUCCUCCUCCAUUUGGUCAGUCAGUUGCAUCCCGCCAGAUGUGUACUCCACCUUUUGCUACUGUGAUGAACAGGAAAUUUGCUUCAUCUAUGUUUCCGUACCAGACACCUUUCUGUCCAGUUGGGGAGGCCAGUCACACUAUCACCCCAGAGAUGAGCCUCAAUGUAAACAUCUCCCAAGCAGGGAUAAUUAACUAUUGUGGCCCAAUUCCAAGACAGCCAGUCAUGGUGAACCAGACUGAUUUCCAGCAGAUGGCUUUUGACCAAGUGCAUCCUCUGUCAAGUCCAGUGUUCAUGAAUGAGGACAUUGCUCCAUUAGCAGUUUUGAACCAGAACUUUGCAGAAACAGUGGCCUUGAGAGAAAUGGUCACCCAGCUGCCAUGUUUAGAGGGUGUUGUUGACAGCAGCUCCUUCAAACUUACCAAAACUUGGCCAGAUCUUGUAGUGCCACAGCUCCUCUAUGAGUCUUCUGACUCUUCCCUGCCGAGUUUCACUUCUUUUCUUGAAACAGGCACUGUGAGCCCCUUGCUACAGAUUCAUGACAGUGAGCCCAUGUGCUCCAUGGCUUGGACCACUCCAAACCAGUGGGCUAUCAGCGAAGUUUCACAUGUGUCUCAAACUGCUUUCCACAGUUCCUUACCAUCUGACUUGCCUUACAGUAUUCAGGAACAGACUGGUCAGGUUUCAUGUGUUGGAAUGAGUGAAAUCUGCAACAAAAGGUUAUGAAAUAUUCCAGUUUUUACUGUAUAGCAGAUAUGAAUGAUGUUUUAAAACAGCCUGUAUGUGCUCAGUUCUUUUGUUUUUUAUUUAGAUUUUUCUUUGUUUUAUGCAUGAAUCAAUUAAUCAGACUGGUAAAAUGAACAGAGUUAAAAUCAGAACUGCCUGCAAAGUAAUACUGGGAAAGCACGGGUUAUGUACUGAUGUCUUCAGUAGGUUGAGGUUAUGUUGAUUUCAUGGGAUGAGCAAGACAAACAAGUUUAUUCCAGUCAAUAACAUACAAUAGAAAUUUGUACCCAUUAUGUAUACUGAUCUGUGGUUGAGAGAGAUUAACAAAGUUUGAGGAUGCAGUGGUGAAUAUUUAAAAUUCUUACUACUUGUCUUCUCUCAGGCCUUCAUGAUAAACUAAACAAGGAAGAAGCAAAGACUAUUUCCCGUGAUCACAGCUUACAGAAAGAACAACUCUUCAGUGAGAGCAAAAGUAA